CAUAUAGCCUGUUAUCCGACAGCGCUUUCAACGGGUUGCUUGUAGUGGCUAGAGCGAUGCGAGAGCUCAACUGUCGCUGAGCCAGCGAAACAUAGAAGCGGAAACCACAGCAAUACUAGACGUUUCGUUGUAAUUUUUUUCUGUGUCUCUUUAGAGGAAGCUGCGAGAGUGAUCAUGUCGGUGCUGGCUUUGCAAGAAUACGAAUUCGAGAGGCAGUUCAAUGAGGACGAAGCUAUCCGAUGGAUGCAGGAGAACUGGAAGAAGUCCUUCCUCUUCUCUGCACUCUAUGCUGCAUGCAUACUGGGUGGACGCCAUGUAAUGAAACAGAGAGAGAAGUUUGAGUUAAGGAAACCUCUAGUACUUUGGUCUCUAACCCUUGCAGUCUUUAGUAUAUUCGGUGCCAUGCGGACUGGGAGCUAUAUGACGUACAUCCUGAUGACUAAGGGACUUAAACAGUCCGUGUGCGACCAGAGUUUUUACAACGGUCCUGUCAGCAAGUUUUGGGCUUAUGCCUUCGUACUGAGCAAGGCACCUGAGUUAGGGGACACGUUGUUCAUUGUGCUUCGAAAGCAGAAGCUGAUUUUUCUUCAUUGGUACCACCACAUCACGGUGCUGCUGUACUCAUGGUACUCCUAUAAGGACAUGGUAGCUGGUGGGGGCUGGUUCAUGACCAUGAACUACCUGGUACACGCCGUCAUGUACUCCUACUACGCCCUCCGCGCUGCCGGCUUCAAGCUGUCGCGCAAGUUCGCCAUGUUUAUCACGCUGACGCAGAUCACGCAGAUGGUGGCAGGCUGCGUGGUGAACUACCUGGUGUACUCGUGGAUGCAGCAGGGACAGGAGUGCCCGUCACAUGUACAGAACAUAGUCUGGUCCUCCCUCAUGUACCUCAGUUACUUUGUGCUCUUCUGUCAGUUCUUCUUCGAGGCCUACAUCAACAAGACCAAAUCGCAUGCCAAGAUCCAGUAAAGGAAGGAGCGGAGAGGAACACCAGGGAACAGGGAGGGAGGGGGAGAGAAGUGAUAACGCAGGGACCAGUAGGAGAUCAAUGGAUGGAUGGAUGGAUGGAUGAAUGGAUGGAUGGGUUGUAGAGGAGGAGGAGGAGAAAAAGAGGGAGAUAAAGGAUGGAGUGGAGAGGAGGGGUUGCUAUCUGCGCUUGUGCAUAUUGUACAACUAACGCAUAGAGGUAAACUCCCCUCCAACAGGGGGAGCUCUGUCGAGCUGCACUGAGGAAUCAUUACCAUGGUAACAGAAAAAAAAACAAACAAAACAAACAAAAAAAAAACAAAUGUGUCUUUAUGUGAUGUUUAUGUGCCCAAUUGCGAUUCAUUGUAUUAAAAAAAGGAGAAGAAGAAGGGAGGAAAAAAGGAAAAAACAAGUAAACGAUACUAAGACUAGAGAGGGAAAAUAUUGACAUUGGAGGGAACACUCCAUAUAAAAGGAGAAUAGGAAGCUAGGGAGAUGUGGAUCAGUUCAACAUUUGUGUGAGUUUGUCAAAAAUGUUUGUCUUUGAUGUUAGCAUUAAUGU